UGAUCGAUCGAUCCAGCGCUGGACCAAUCUCGUUCCAGUCCAUUUCCAUCCGUUCUUUUCGUUCCAUUCUACCACGAUGCCACCAUCCUCUUCCAUGUCCUGCCCCUACAACGGCUGGGUGGGAACCCUGGCGACCUUUGCCGCCGGGGGCUUGGCCGCCGCCGCUUAUUUCCAUCACAAAUUGCUGGCCUCCAAGGCCACCGACUUUCCCGCCACGGUGGGGACGAAAACGUCCUCCGAACCAACCCCGAUCGACUACCCCGAGUACGACUACAAAAACGACCCCAAGGGAUCCUUCACCAAAAUCUGCGACCUGCUGAUCGAGGAAAUCCUGCAGGACCUCCCGGCCAACUACGAGCUACCCAAGCGGGAGACCGAGUGGCUCCGCAAGAUGCUGGAGCACACGGUCAAGGGCGGAAAGAUGAACCGCGGGCUCAUGGUCGUCGAGAGCGGGGUCGCCAUCAUUGGUGAAUCCAAGAUCACCAACGAAAAACUCUGCCAGCUGGCCGUGCUCGGGUGGGCCAUCGAGUGGCUCCAGGCCUGGCUGCUGGUGGCAGACGACAUUAUGGAUUCCUCCGUCACCCGCCGGGGGCAGCCCUGCUGGUACAAGACGCUCGGGGACGCCUGGUACAUUGCCAUCAACGACGCCGUCACCAUCGAGGCCUUUUGCUUCAAGAUCCUCAAGCGACACUUUGGCCACGACGGGGACUUGCAGCUCAAGCUGGUGGACCUCAUGAUGGAAACCACCCUGCAGACGGAGCUCGGUCAGCUGAGCGACACGCUCUGCGACGUCCUCACCCUCAAGGACCUCACACCGGAGCGGUGGGGACUCAUCGUCAAGUACAAGACCUCCUUUUACAGCUUUUACCUCAGCGUGGCCUUUGCCAUGACGCUGGCGGGAGUCAGGGACCAGGCCGCCUACGACGCGGCCCGGGACAUUCUCAUCGAGAUGGGCGUCUAUUUCCAGGCCCAGGACGACUUUCUCGAUUGCUACGCCACCCCGGAAGUCCUCGGAAAGAUCGGGACGGACAUUGCCGACAAGAAGUGCGGGUGGCUCUUCACCAAGGCCUACCACGAGCUGGCCAGCGACGAGCAAAAGGCCUUCCUCGACGAGCACUACGGAAAGUGCGAGGUCGGCUCGCCGGAAGAACUCAAGAUCAAGGAGCUCUACACCGAGCUGGGUCUCAAGGAGACCUACGCGACCUACGAGCAAAACUCGUACGACAAGAUCAUGGCCAUGAAGAACAGCGCGGCCGGAGAAACGCUAAAGGCAGCCGGGGUCCCGUGGACGGUCUUUGAGAAGUUCCUGGCCAAGGUCUACAAGCGAUCCCAUUAGACACCUAGCGCAGCAAUCUAUAGGUUGUAUGCACGGUAUUGAUAGUCGAGUGCAGCAGUACUGUUGUGGCACAGUGCCGAAAUCGAGUCGGUUGGAAGCACAGAAAUGAUAUCCAACAAAGCACAGAACAAACAAAACUGGAUCGUAAUUUGUUCGAGUAAAUUAAAUAAACAAAAGGUAAACCCAUGC